AUGUCGAUCCCCCGCCGCCUAUCCCGCCUCCCCGCCGCCGGAACCACCAGUCCCUCUACCGCGAACCUCUCCAUCUCCCACGGCGGAACCGGCGCGAGGCCCUCGACGGCCGUGCUGGCAGCCGCCGCGACGGCGGCGGCCGCAGCGGGCCGCGCCUCGGAGUGCCAGUCCCUGCUCCUGCGCAUGUCGCGCCGCCGCGGCGCGUCCCGGCUCGACAUCGUCACCUCCCUCCUGGCCGCCUCCCCAACCCCGACCCCGCAGCCGCAGGUGUUCGACCUGCUCAUCCGCACCUACACGCAGUCCCGGAAGCCGCGGGAGGCCUUCGAGGCCUUCCGCCUCCUGCUCGACCGCGGCGUGCCCGUCCCCGCCGCCGCCUCCAACGCGCUCCUCGCGGCCCUCUCGCGCGCCGGGUGGCCCCACCUCGCCGCGGACGCCUACCGCCUCGUCCUCUCCUCGAACUCCGAGGUAAACAGCUACACGCUCAACAUCAUGGUCCACAGCCACUGCAAGGCCCUGCAGUUCGACAAGGUCGACGCCGUCAUCGCCGAGAUGGGGAAGCGGUGCGUGUUCCCGGACGUGGUCACGCACAACGUGAUGGUUGAUGCCAGGUUCCGCGCCGGGGAUGUCGAGGCCGCGAUGGCGGUGGUCGAUUCGAUGGUCGGUAAGGGGAUAAAGCCGGGGAUUCUGACGUAUAACGCGGUGUUGAAGGGGCUGUGUAGGAAUGGAAGGUGGGAUAAGGCGAGGGAGGUGUUCAGGGCGAUGGACGAGUGCGGGGUGGCGCCGGAUGUUCGGAGCUUCAACAUGUUGAUUGGGGGGUUUUGUAGAGUUGGGCAGGUUGACGAGGCGAUGAAGUUUUACAAGGAGAUGCGGCGCCGUGGAGUUACACCGGAUGUGGUGAGCUUUAGUUCCCUCAUCGGGUUGUUUGCGAGGAGGGGGAAGAUGGAGCAUGCGGUGAUGUACUUGAAGGAGAUGAGAGAGUUCGGAUUGAUGCCUGAUGGUGUGAUCUACACAAUGGUCAUUGGCGGGUUCUGUAGGUCUGGGUCAAUGUUGGAGGCUCUGAGAGUUAGGGAUGAGAUGGUUGGCUGUGGAUGUUUGCCGGAUGCGGUAACCUACAAUACCUUGCUGAAUGGGCUUUGCAAAGAGCGUAGGCUGUCUGAUGCAGAGGAGCUUUUGGCUGAGAUGGGGGAGAGAGGGGUUCCGCCAGAUUUAUGCACCUUCACAACUUUAAUCCAUGGGUAUUGUAGGGAGGGUAACACAGAGAAAGCACUGCAGCUAUUUGACACGAUGCUGCAGCAGCGUCUGACGCCAGACAUCGUGACGUACAACACUUUGAUUGAUGGAAUGUGCAGGCAAGGUGAUCUGGGCAAAGCUAAUGAGCUAUGGGAUGACAUGCAUUCUCGAGAAAUCUUCCCCAACCACAUUACCUACAGCAUCCUGAUAGACAGCCACUGUGAGAAGGGACAGGUGGAUGAUGCAUUCGGUUUUCUGGAUGAAAUGGUAAAUAAGGGGAUUGUGCCAAACAUCAUGACCUAUAAUUCCAUCAUUAAAGGUUACUGCCGGUCUGGAAAUGUAUCCAAGGGACAGCAGUUUUUGCAGACGAUGAGGCAUGCCAAUGUGUUGCCUGAUUUGAUUACGUACAACACACUAAUCCAUGGUUAUGUUAAAGAAGAAAAAAUGCAUGAAGCUUUUAAUUUGCUCAACAUAAUGGAGAGUGAAAAGGUUCAACCAGACAACGUCACGUAUAAUAUGAUCAUAAAUGGGUACUGCGUACAUGGUAAUAUGCAAGAAGCUGAGUGGGUUUACAAGAAAAUGGGCGCCAGAGGGAUUGAACCGGAUAGAUAUACAUACGUGUCCAUGAUAAAUGGUCAUGUUGUAGCUGGCAACUCAAAGGAGUCAUUUCAGCUUCAUGAUGAGAUGCUUCAAAAAGGGUUUGCUCCAGAUGAUAAAUUUUGAGGGUACUACAUUCUGCCAUAUUGGAUUCUAAUUUUGAUGUCAUGGAUAGUUCAAGAACGAGGAAUGAAGACAUUGUGCAGUUUGAACUGUCACAGUUUUCUCUCCAACAAGUAUUGUGGACUUGAAGGCAUCUGGUUAAAUUCUGGAGUAAUUUUUGUGGAAGUUUUCGUUGUGGGGUGGUCUAAGGGUUGCAGAGAUUUCCACUCAAGUAACAUUUCUGGGUGUGCGUUCUUCACCAAUGUCCCGAAAUAUUCUGUUAGAACUCAGUAGGUGUGCUUUUGUUUUCUGGGCAUCAGAGGAAUCUUGCAUGCUUUAAAUUUCUCAGUGACUGCAAAUCACUUUUAACAUCAACUAUUAACAUCACACGGAAUUGAUCAGAAGGGAAGAACCGGGUACACAUAAAAAGCCUUAGCUUCAAGAGCAUGGAAAAGAAAAAGAAGGAAACAAAGUCAAUAUGCUCUUGUCAAUGUUUCAAACCUCUCAUGGUUGAUGAGCCAGGCUUCGUGAAGUUAAGAGCACGUGGCUUAUUUGCCGUGUGGUCUAGAUGUGCCAAUAAGCCAAAGGUUCUCUGAGAAUAGAUAGGUUGAGGAUCAGAUGAAAUAAUUGGCAUGGAGGAUGUGUGCUACCAAAAUGAAGAUCAGCUGCUUCUCCGUGUUAAUAUGUUGAUUAAUGGCUUCGGGGAAGAAUUUUCUGACUCUUUCAUAUGAGGUUAAUUUGAUGGCUCGUUCCACCGACGGUGUAAAGUGCCAGGGGGCAGCAUUUCGCGAUAAGCAAGGAAGCAACACUUAAGGCAAAACAAUGACAAAUAUAUGAUGCGCUGCAGUAGUAUUGGCCUGGAUACUUGUCGAGAAUGAAUUAUUUUAUUGGAGAAUGGGCCUCGAUACUUUUGAGUAGAUGUGUCCAUAAUAUGUACCUGUAAGUUUUGUUUUUGCUACUUAACAGUUGUUUCACCUGGGAGACUACAAUAUGUUAUAAUCGUGCAGCGUAUACUGCUUUAAGAUUUUGUUUAGUGACAUCCCAUUUAGUGAUCUUCUCAUGUAAUAUAACCGUGGUACGUGGUUAUAUUGUAAAAUUACAAG